ACUGUUGUCACCUAAAACCGAAAGUAUUCCGAGGAACACCAGUAACUAUAUAAACAGUCGGAAUAGCUAUAUCCAGCAGAUUUUUGUGAAGAAAAGGGACGAGAGCUCCAACUUUAUUUUCUGUAGCUAACAACCAAAAACUCUUUCUUGUUACAACCUUUAAAAUACAGUGUCUCGCGAUGGGUAUUGUAUUCUCUUUCAUAUUUUCCCGUCUAUUUGGGAAGAAGGAAAUAAGAUUACUUAUGGUUGGUUUAGAUGCAGCUGGAAAGACUACUGUCCUCUACAAACUCAAACUGGGUGAAAUUGUCACAACAAUUCCAACUCUUGGCUUUAAUGUUGAGACAGUUGAGUACAAGAACAUCUCUUUCACAGUCUGGGAUGUGGGUGGCCAGGAUAUUAUCAGACGACUCUGGAAGCACUACUAUCCGAAUACCCAAGGCCUCAUCUAUGUGGUGGACAGCAGUGAUUGUGAUCGCAUUGAGCAAGCUAGUUCAGAACUGCAGAAUAUGCUUGAGGAAGUUGAACUGAAGGACGCAGUUCUGCUGGUUCUUGCUAACAAGCAGGAUUUACCCAAAGCUAUGCCAGUCCAAGAGAUGACCGAAAGAUUAGGACUGCGUACAAUGACAGGAAGAACUUGGUACAUCCAGUCAACUUGUGCAAUAAAUGGAACAGGUUUAUAUGAAGGGUUGGACUGGCUGUCUGAAGAGGUCUCCAAGAAAUAACAUUUUUUGCACUAAUUCAUGUCUCUGAAAAUUAAAAUUACAGUAUUCAUAUA